AUGAAGAAACAAACGAAAAGCCCGGCGCUGUCCAAGGCGUCGGCACUUCUGCUCCUCUCCGCAAUACCCUCCUUCGCCUCAGCCCUCUACAUCCAAGUAUCACCAGCAGAACUCUUCGGCCGCCAGGACUCAACAUGCGGCGACUCGUCAUACAAACAAUGUACUACGGCCGGCCUUCCUGAUGACUUCUGCUGCCCCUCCGACAAUUCAUGCAUUGCACUCGCAGGCAAGACGACGGCACUCUGCUGCCCUGCUGGCAACGACUGCACAGCCGUCAGGCCCAUCCCUUGCGACGUCAGCCUGCAGGACAAGAGCCUCCACCCGGAAAAUGUAGUCAUGACCAACGCACUGACGGGAUCGCUUCCAAAGUGUGCCGGCAUGUGCUGUCCCUUUGGGUACUCCUGUGAUGGUGGCGGGAACUGCAUCCAAAACUCCGACCAGAACGCAAAGCCAAUAACGACCGGGGCGCAGUCAUCGUCCACGACGGCGCCAUCCACGGCCAAGAGCAGCGAGACAGUCGGUGUGACCACCGCACCGCAACAGUCGGCGUCCGCGACAGCCUCUGCAACCUCCUCUGGCUCUGACGCGGCUUCUGCGACUGCGACGGAUUCCGAUUCCGAGUCAUCGUCCUCGUCGACAGCCGCCGCCGCCGCCGGGGAAUCCGAUAGCUCUUCGAGUGGACCCUCGGCUGGCUUGGUAGCCGGCGGUGUCGUGGGCGGUAUCGCGGCUGCCGUCUUCCUGGGGAUGUUGGUUUGGUUCUUCGUCAAGAGGGAAACCAAGCGCAAGAACGAUGCCGAGAAAGAGCCCCCGCGAUCGUCGCGCUCGUCCUCCUUCGGCAACAUCAUCAACAACCCGAUGACGAACUCUCUGCGGGCCGGCGGGUGCCCGGUCAUCUCGAAGCCCAUUGUCGACGAAGGUGCGAUGAGGAGCGACUUUGGGCGGAAAGUCAGCACGCGGACUGGAUCCUUCCAAAGCGGCAGUGACGAGGACGCCGACUACGAGAGAGAUUUCGGCACGAUGGGUGAACUGGGCCGGCCCGUGAGCGACGUCGACAUGACCGGCCUGCACUCGGUGCCCCGCUCACCCCCGAGGAUAACGAACCCGAGGGCGGUGAGCUCCAUGUAUGGCGAGCAGGGCUACCUGGACCCGCACAACAGCGCGUACCAGGCACCGCUCAAGAUGCCCUCGGCAAGGCAGUUCGGCGGCCAGGACAACAGGGUCAGCGUCGGCGCCGAGGACCGGGACGCCAUGGGGUCGCCGAUAUCUGACUAUGGUGGCCAGCCGGUGCAGCGGGAUCCAAACGGGGCGUACAUCGAUGUCUUUGCUGACUCGAACGUGCCUCUGACGCCGCCGCAGCCGUCUCAUGCUGGGGACAGGAUGACUUCCUUUACGGACAUAAUGGACGAAUCUCAGGGUAGGAGGAGGUAA